AUGUCGAACUCUGCCUCCUACGACUCCCACAGGCGGUCCACUGUCUUCAGUCGCCAGCCCGAGGAGCUUCACAUCCCAUCAACGGGUCCAACCAAUCCCAACCUGUCCCGUCAGUCCUCCUCGCAUGACUACCCAGCCACACCAGACGCAGGUGCCCGACUUCCCGCGAUCAACGUGCAAUCGAGCCCACAGUACGGAAGUGAUGGAAACCACAGUAACAACGCCCUCCCCGGAGCCCUACAGCCAGGAAACCGCCCGCCAGCGGUAUCGUUAAAUACCGCCCCAUCGGUCGUUCCCACCAUGCAACACUCAUCGUCGCAGCCGACAAACCACCGCGCUAGCAUGAUCAAUUCUCACGGCCACUCGCGAUCCAGCCCCGCAGGCUUUGACCAGAUGUACAAACAACACGGUGGGUCGGAUGGAUCUAAAUAUCCCUCCUCUCCUGGCGGGUUUACACCCCAUACCCCGCAGGGCUCGAAGUACUCUCCCCUUGGUUUGUCUGAUAUCAGACCCUCGGGUGAGCAUCUCUUGAGUGAAGCGCUUCUAAACCCAGUAAUGUCAUCGGUGCCUUACAACCACGGAGAUAACCAAGUGCCGACCAACAGCAACUAUGUCGCGCCAUGGCCUAUAUAUGCUGUGGAUUGGUGCAAAUGGCCCAUCGCAGGAAGCUCAGGCUUUGGUGGAAAGUUGGCAAUGGGAAGUUAUCUAGAGGACAACCAUAACUAUAUUCAAAUCGUCGAUACGCAUUGGACACAACCAGAUCCCGACACCGCCGAUGCUGCUGCUGGAGAGAUUAAACUGGAAUAUGUGAAGACUGCCGAGGCGACCCAUUCAUACCCCGUUACCCGCAUCCUCUGGGAGCCUCCGUCGUCUCAGAAGCAAUCGACUGAUUUGCUGGCCACGUCAGGAGACCACCUUCGCCUAUGGUCCCUGCCGAAUUCCCAGCCCCUGCAAAGCUCAAACUCAAUCACUCGCCCUAUGAACCCGCGAGAGGCUGCCACCUCCAAGCUUUCCCCGCUGGCGUUGUUGUCUAACUCGAAAUCUCCCGAGCACACUGCUCCCAUCACCUCUCUUGAUUGGAACACAAUUUCACCGAGUCUGAUCAUCACUUCCAGCAUUGACACAACGUGCACCAUAUGGGACAUUCCCACUUUGACAGCGAAGACGCAACUAAUUGCUCACGACAAGGAGGUGUACGAUGUUAGGUUCUGCGCUAACAGCGUCGACGUUUUCGUAAGCUGUGGUGCAGACGGUAGUGUGCGAAUGUUUGAUCUGCGAAGCCUGGAGCACAGCACCAUCAUUUACGAACCAACUGAUAAGAACGAGAAAACAAUGAGUCCUGGGACCUCCAGUCCCCCUGGCCAAUCCCAGACCGGUCUCUACCCCCCACCUUUAUUGAGAAUCGCAGCAUCACCACACGACGCCCAUCUCCUUGCAACAUUCUCCCAAGACUCAAGUAUCGUCCGGGUCCUCGACGUCCGACAACCAGGCCAAGCACUGCUAGAACUAAAGGGCCAUUCCGCAGCCCUGAACUGCGUAGAAUGGUCCCCCAGCCGCCGUGGCAUUCUGGCCUCCGGCGGUGACGACAGCAUGGUCCUCCUCUGGGACUUGAUCAACCAGCACAACGCCGCUCCUAUCCCUUCCCCGCCUACGCACACCACAGGCGCACCACCAUCGACGACAUCCGAGCGCGGUCCAGCCGCCGUCUGGCAGAGCGAGUACGAAGUCUCCAACAUCAGCUGGUCCCCAUCAGGAGGCCCCAAUCACACCGGUCAACCACGGGAAUGGCUUGGAGUAUGCGGUGGACGAGGACUCACCGGCGUCUCGCUUUAG